AUGUCACACUGUCACCAUGAACACACGCACGGCAGCGGGGCCGGAGACGGUCACGACCAUCACGACCAUCACGAUCACGAUCACGCGGGCCACACUCACGACGACGACGUGACACCAGCGAUUCAGUCGUCGCUUUAUAAUAGUAUUGACUUUGAUGCAGUCUCCACGCUUAACGAAUCGGAACCUGAUGCCGGGAAACGGGUGUUGAGAAAAACCUGGGAUGAGAGGUUGGAAACUACACCGGAGUUGGAGAGUGAUAGUGAUCAGGAGUUGAUUAUGUUUGUUCCUUUCGCGGGAAUAGUAAAGCUCCAUUCUUUACUAAUCUACGCCCCACCAGACCCCACCUCUCCACGAACCCUCAAACUAUUCAUAAACCGCACAGACGUCGACUUCUCAAACGCCACAUCCGUAACUCCCACACAAACCCUCGAAAUCCCUUUGGUGCCCCCAUCAUCCCGUCCCGAAAUCAUAGAAAUUCCAGUAAAAAGGGCGUUAUUUAAUAACGUUAGAAGUCUUACUUUGUUUUUUGAAGAGAAUCAUGGUUAUGAUAAUGAUGAUGAAGAUGUUACGAAGAUUUGGUAUUUGGGGUUUAGAGGGGAUUUUAUGAAGGUUGGGAGGGAGCCUGUUAUUACGCUUUAUGAGGCGGCGGCGAAUCCUAGGGAUCAUGUUAAUUUGGUGCCGGGGGAGAAACAUGUUGCUGGGGGGUCGAGGUUUGGGGCGUAG